AUGGUUUACCUCUCACCUUACAUCCCUGCCCUCCUGGUAGCAGCAGCCACCGCCAUAUCGGCCGAAACACGCGACACCCACGCCAAACUCGACAAACCAACUAUCAACGAUAGUCUCGACUACCUUAAGCCAGGGCUCAACAAGGCUCUCAAAGCACAGAACUUCACCAAGAAGAGAUGGGACGAAGGAUGGAUUCCCCAAUCCUGCAAAGACCUUGCAAAAGACACCAACACGGAACCAAAAGACUUUGAGAUCUGGGAUGUCACAUACGCAGAUUGCCCCGCCCCCUGGGUAUUCUGCCACCACAAAACCUCCGGCAUAACCAUUGAAAGCAUAGCCCACCAAUUCAGCAAAGUCCCCCUCCAAAUGCGUCAAUACGUCCGCCACAUCGUCGACGUACCCUCCCCCUCAGGCUGGGCCUUCGAAACCUCCGGCAACAUCGUCUUCAACAAACCAGAUGACGACAUGCUCCCCGUGAUCCUGCACGAAACAGGCCACGCCCUCGACCUCGAAGGCGCAUACAACAACACCGCGCUCUCGUCGUCGGCGCAAAUGUGGGAUAACUACAACCAAGACAAGUAUGUCUCCGAUAAGUAUGCGGCGAGCAAUAUGGUGGAGAAUGUGGCGCAGAAUACGGUGAUUGCGGUUUUCAAUGAGAAUGUGGAGGGUGGAUAUGAAGGGGUGGAGAAGAGGUGGAGGGAAAUUUUUAGACAGUAUGCUACGGUUAUUGAUCGUGCUAUUGCGUAUGGGAAGGGGAAUAACUUCUUUAAGCCGGGGAUGGAGGGGGUGUGUACGCAUCGGUUACCGCCGUCGCCGAGGGUGCGGGUGGAUGGGAGGAGGAGCGAUAUUAGGGGACGGAGGGAGAGGUCUGAAGUGAGCUUGGGGGAGGGGAUUGUACCUAUUAUCUCGAAAAGGGAGGGUCGAAGUAGGUUUAGUAAUUGUAGUAUUAGUUGGUGA